CCAACUUCCAUUAACAUUUCACAUCAAUGGCAAACACUAUGGCAACAAAAGGGGUUGCUGAUGGAAAAAACACUCAGAAUUCAAUAUUUGAAGAGCUUGACCCUUCCUCUAGUUGGACAGAGGACUCAACUUUUCAUUAUCUACUGAUUGAUCUUCCAGGGUUCAAGAUGGAGGAGGUGACGCUUGAAGUAGAUAAGUAUGGCCACAUUUUGGUCCAUGGAGAAAGGCCAGUCAGUGAAAACAAAUUCAUCCGCUUCAAGCAAACCUUCAAUGUCCCGGAAAAUUCGAAUAUUGAAGAUAUCGCUGGAAAGUUUGAAGAUGGACUUCUCUAUGUAGCAAUCCCAAAAUAUGAGACAAAAGACAUGGGAGAGGAAGAGAACGAACACGAAAAACGCGAGCACGAUGAAAAUUUUCGAGAAGGAAAUGUCAAGCAAGGUGAUGGUAAUGGGUACGAUCAUGAGGAGGAAAGGGUAGAUGAGAAAGAAGAAUUUCAUGAAGCCCACACAGAGAACCAGUGGGGUGAGGCUGGUCUGUUUGAAACAGUGAAAGAGAAGUUGAAGAAGAAUAAAGGGAUUGUUAUAACAGCUAUCUUGGCAUUUUCAGUAGGAGUGCUAAUGGCACAAAAGUUUCAGUCAAAUGAAGAUUGAAAGGGCUUUUCAACCAGCAUUACUUUGAAAGUUGUGAAGUGAAUGUACUAGAACUAUGUGAGAAUACAAAUAAUGAGAAGACCUUAG